UCUUGUAUAUACGUUUUCUUCUUGCUGGAUAAACAACGUAUACACUUUCAUUUGAAGAUAAAAUCGUCUGAUUUCCGGUUGUGCGUCGGUGACUCUUUUGUAGCUUGACGCAGCUCCUCGGUCAGCUGUUCCAGCAGCCUUUCUUCGUCUGUUUUCAUUGGUCAGGUUGUUUUAUCGCCCUCUGGUGUCCCGGAGGAGAACAGAAGACCAGAGUGAGACCCAGUCCUCAAGAACUUCUCCUGAUCGACCACAGGAUGGCAGUAUCGAUAGUUAAGAUAUCGAUAAUAAGAACCCGCGCGCUGCUGGUUGGCUGAGAGACAAUCAUCCCAUCUCUGUGAAACAAAACACACAAAAAAAACUCGCUCUGCUGCUUUAACACCGAGGAGGAGGAAGAGGAAGAGGGAGCGCUGCACACACACACUCUCUCUCUCUCUCUCACACACACACACACACACACACACACACACUGCUUCGGUUUGGUGGAAUAAGAGGCGAGCAGACUACAGCCGGCACGGACCGCACAGGGGCUGUGGAGGAGGAGGACCGGUGCGAUGAUGACGGGAAAAUCUGUGAAAGACGUUGACAGAUACCAGACUGUCCUCAACUCUCUGCUGGCGCUGGAGGAGAAUAAAUUCUGCGCGGACUGCGAAUCCAAAGGUCCGAGAUGGGCGUCCUGGAAUUUGGGCAUCUUCAUCUGCAUCCGCUGCGCCGGCAUCCAUCGAAACCUGGGGGUCCACAUCUCCAAGGUCAAGUCCGUCAAUCUGGACCAGUGGACGCAGGAGCAGGUCCAGUGUGUUCAGGAGAUGGGAAACGCCAAAGCCAAACGACUGUACGAGGCUUUCUUACCCGAGUGCUUCCAGAGGCCAGAGACGGACCAGUCUGCAGAGAUCUUCAUCAGGGACAAGUAUGAUAAGAAGAAGUACAUGGAUAAGGUCAUUGACAUACAGAUGCUCAGGAAAGAGAAGAGCUGUGACAAUAUACCCAAGGAACCGGUUGUGUUUGAGAAGAUGAAAUUGAAAAAAGACAUCAGCCCGAAGACAGAUUCCCAGUCUGUUACAGACCUGCUUGGAUUAGAUGCCCCUGCUCCAAGUCCUGCGGUGUCUAAUGGUGGAGGAUGUGUUCCAGACAGUAAUGAGAGCCCGGCGGUGUCUCAUCCAGCUCUGGCACACUCUGCACUGGAUCUCUUCAGCUCACUGCCAGCGCCCCCCUCUGCUUCCUCCACUAAAACCACGCCUGUUUCCAGCUCCCUGCCUCAGAGCAGAGUGACUGCCUCUGUGCCUGAAAACCUCAGUCUGUUCCUCGAUCCGGCACCCAAAGCAGAAGAGGGCACCGUCAAGAAACUGUCCAAGGACUCGAUUCUCUCCCUGUACGCCUCCACCCCGUCAGUGCACGCCAGCAGCAUGGCUACUCAAGGCUUGUACAUGAACCAAAUGGGAUACCUGACCCACCCAUACGGAUCAUACCAUUCUUUAGCCCAGGCAGGGGGAAUGGGAGGCGCCAUGAUGACAUCACAGAUGGCCAUGAUGGCACAGCAACCAAGCAGCAUGAUUGGAGUUCAACAGAACAGCAUGAUGGGACAGCAGAACGGUUUAAUGGCUGCACAGGGUGUCAUGGCUCCACCUAGUGGUGCUAUGGCGUCGCCUUACUUGACAGGGAUGACCCAGGGCAUGAUGGGACAGCAGCAAAGCGGGAUGAUGGUUCAGCAGCAGACUGGGAUGAUGGGACAGCAGCAGAAUGGCAUCAUGGGACAGCAGCAGCCUGGGAUGAUGGGACAGCAGCCGCCGGGCAUGAUGGGACAGCAGCAGCCUGGGAUAAUGGGACAGCAGCAGAAUGGCAUUAUGGGACAGCAGCAGGUUGGAGGUUUACCUCAUCAGCAGGUAUAUGGGGCGCAACAUGCUCAGCAGCUGCAGUGGAACAUUACCCAGAUGACUCAGCACGUGGCCGGCAUGAAUCUCUACAACACCAACGGCGUGAUGGGAUACAGCAAUCAACACAUGGGAGGCGCGACAGCUCCGAGCUCAUCGCACAUGACAGCACACAUUUGGAAAUGAUUUCAAAUAUCCAAAACGUGAAGUAAUGCCAAUAAUCCACAAAAAGAGAGGGGAACUGAGUUGUAGGAAUCUGGAUUAGACUCUCUGUGAGACCUUUACUAAUGCAAGGGAGGAGGAGGAGGAGACAGGUGUGAAGAAGGUUAAGGUUUGGGAAACCACUACUACCUCUCUUUCUCUCUCCUCUCUGCCCAUGCUUCCUCUUCUCGUCUCAUCCAUGGCCAUGUUUUGCAUAUUUCCAUGCUUGCCUUCAGAACAUUUUCGUAUGAUAACCAAGACAACAGGGUUCAGAGUUAGCCUGUAUGUGUGUGUGUGUGUGUGUGUGUGUGUGUGUGUGUGUGUGUGUGUGUGUGUGCACGCACAUCUGCUGUAUGUAGGUGUCAACUAACUGCUUGACUUAAACACUUUGGUUUCUGGAGACUUUUACAGUUUUUCUUACUUGAUUAGAAUCAAGUCAUUGAGAUGCAAAGGUUAGGAAUUAUAUUUCACUUUUAUAAAUCUGAUGGUGUGUUCAGACAGGAAGCAAAGCAGACUUUCACCUAGCAUGACUGGGCCACAGGGCCAUUUGUGUUAAUCAGUGUUACUCAAACGAGUCUGACCGAGGAAUCGAUCGCGUCUGUUCACCAAAACAACCAGAAUAUUUUACUACAUUAGCCGUUAUCUAGAGAGCAACAGCAGGUGCUGGUUCCAGAUCAGAGCAGAAUCCAGUGUGACUUCAGGUGUUUAUUCCUCCAGAAGUCCCAGCUCUGCCCCGCCAGGCUGUUUCCUGCUGUUUUCAGUCUGUGCUAAGCUAACCAGCUGCUGACAUUGGCCUCAUAUGUGCAGACAUGAGAGUGGUAUCGAUCUACUCAUCUAACGCUUGUCAGGAAAGUUCAUAGGACUAUUCUCUUAACCCAGCAUUAGCAAUCAUUCCUGGCAGCAGCAGUUAGCUUCAUUUUAGCCGCAACCACAUUUGGGAAGAACCAACUAUGAGGAAUGAUUUCCCAACUAGUUUUCAAGGGUUUAGGUGACAUAUUUUUAAGGAUAAACAACCCUUCCUGUCAGGGGAUUUAAGCGUAGCUAGGCGAGUUUUUUAACUCAUCACACCUUCAAGCUGCAAGUAGACGGGAAAUUAAUUUGCGUUAGUAGGAAAAAACUGUAAAACCUUACAAAAACCAAUGUAUCCCUUCCUGAGCGCUUGUCCAAGAAUAUCAAAACUUUAAGAAAUCCCUUUACCUAUUGAUAAGUUCCUGUUGUCUCACAAGUUAGAGUAACCCUAAGCAACCUUUAAUUAUGAUGUCUUCUGCUCAAUUCAACGAGGGCUUCUUUUAGAAACCAAUAUCUAAUCUUAACUUUUUAAGUGUCAAAAGUCCUGAACUGGGAUUUUGGGAGACCAAAGAUCAACGCUAGCUUUUUGUAAGAUACUCCGAUGCUUUGUUACAUCUGUAUAGCCAAGUAACUAGUGAUUAUUAGAAACUUCGAUUCAGCCGUCCUCUAACAGUGUGUUCGCUAAUACCAUCAUGCUCUUAACACAUUGAAUGUCGGGAUGUAUCAGUUCACUGUGCUAUUUCCUCAGCGAGGGUGGGACACUUAAAAAGUCACUACUUGCAUGCCAAGUCAUCAUGUAUAAUGUUGAGUCAACGCUCACGCACCUCAAGUUAAUCUACCUUGUACAAUAGAGGCCUCAAACCACGUUGAAUGUCCGUGAACAAGAGAGGAGGAAACAGAGGGAGAGAGGACGCUUUACGUUACGGAUCGGUUUCAGAUUCUUCCACUGAACUGCAUGAGGAGAAUGUUCUGUCCAGCUGCGACUGUAUGUGCUGUACGUUUAUCACCACAUCCGAAUGUGUCUCUGAAUGUUUCUCUCUACGUGUCGAUCAGUCUCUGACCAAGACCAACGUAAAAUAUUCAUACAUAUAUAUAUAUAAAUCAAUGAAUGUGCUGUCUGCUGAAUGUGUUUCACGAUUGUACUGGACUCAUUGCGAGUAUACCCACACAUGAAUGUUGCCGUGGUGCGUUUGUCUUUUUGAUAUUCUCUGAUUCUGUCGAGCAGCGUACCCUCGUGUGUGCUUCCUGUAUGUUUUGUUUUUUUGUUUUUGUUUUUUGACAAGUUGCUCAAUUCAACAAAGUUUUAAAUGUUACCGUCAAAGUUAGGAGCAAACUGUGACCGGGCUGACGCGUUUUCAGCUCACUCUGAGGUGUUUUUACGACCACAAUCUGUCACCUCUCAACGUUUUGAGUCAACAACUUCCCACCAGGCGCCUACACAGACCGUCUCUGUGCUGAGCUCCCUCAGAGUGUUUCUGAAUAUGCCCAUUCUUAUAAAUGCAUGAAGCCAUUAGUGUAAAUAAUCUUUACGUUUCUACAUACCGAUCAUCUUUGUGUUGUAUUCUGCCGUUACGAAUGUGAGGGGUAAGAAUGUAAGAGGAGCCGCUGAAAGAGAAUUAUAUGACGACACUCUGGCUUAAUAAGAUUCCCGUCAAUAAUAAAUGAGCAGCCUUCACGACUCAGAAACCUGAAGUCUGUUCCUUCCAGGUAUUUCCUUCACUCUUAGCUCUUUCCGUGGCAGCUGAGGCAACAGCGUGACAGCAGCAGUCCCUUUCUCUGCUGGGAGCAAUAUCACCGUAAGACAGCGAGUCGCCUCUGCCCUGCAACAGCAGAUCCUUCAGCUCGCGGUGAGGAGAUUCUGGGAAGCGGUAUCAGUCCGUGUUCUGACGGCGAGGUGGCUUCGCCCGUGCAGCUUCUCCAUCUGUAAUUAUCUCAAACUUUAGGUUGCUUGUGAUCUGUUCCUUUGUUUCGGUCUGGUAUAUUUUCUGUGAAAUAAGAGCAAAUGAAGGAAUGUAUCUUUUUAUGUACUCGUCAAUCGAGAUGUUGUGUAUCUUAUUCUUUAUCAGAUUUAUCUCUGUAUAUUAUGUUUCUGGAUCAAUAUUGAUGAACAUGUACUGUAUAGUAGUUCUUUCCCUUUUUUCGAUCACUUAAAUUUGAGAAUAUAUAUGUAACAUACGAUACUUGUCUCUGUGAAAACAUACAAAAUAAAUAAUGUUUUGAAUAAUUUUGA